AUGUCGGUCGGUAGGAUCGGCGAAUAUCGUCUCGGCACGAAUGCGUCCUGGGAUGAAUACGUCGAACGGCUAGAGAUGUUCUGCGCUGCAAACAAGAUAACCACGCACGAGCAAAAACGAGCGGUUUUGCUGAGUUGUUGCGGCGAGGACACUUACGGGCUAAUCGUGACCUUGGUCAAGCCAGCAAGACCGACGGCGGCGAGCUACGACGACAUCAAGGGUGCGGUGCGGAAGCACAUGCAUCCAAGGCCUUCGGAGCUGUACGCAAGAUUCUUAUUCUACCGAAGAAACCAAGCUCACGGUGAGGCGGCAUCGAAGUAUGUUACGGCACUCCGUAAGCUGGCUGAAGACUGCGGUUUCGGUGACAAACAGCUUCCACUAGACGUCAUGAUGAGGGACCGGCUCGUAUGCGGCAUCAAGAACGAAGCGGUUCAACAGCGGCUGCUCGCAGAACGCGACCUUAUGUUCGAGGUAGCGUACGACAUGACGCUGAUGGCGGAAGCAACGGAGAAGCAGCAGCGCGAUAUACGCAAGCAAGCUCAAGACGGAACCAAAGAAAGCGAGGGUCUGGUUCAAGCGACACGCAUGAAACUGGACACCACGGCGGACGACGUCAGCUGCUUCCGCUGCAACGGUAAGCACGCUCCGCAUGUAUGCCGUUUUAAAAAGGCUGCUUGUUUCAAAUGCAAAAAUGUUAGACACGUGGCAAAAGCAUGUCAUUCAAAAGACUAG